GUGCAGAUAAUAAACAGUAAUAUUUUCAAACCGUUAUCAGUAAAUACACAACGCUUAUUUCUCCAGAUUUUGGCAUAGCCUAAAUACGAGGUACAAAAAUAAAGAUGCUCGACGGAUGCAAAAAAAUGUUCCGCGCAGAAGAAAGUUGCGAGGCACGACUAUCUUCAGUAUGUCGGAUGAAUUUUUAAUCUUCCGUCGAUUAUCCUAAAUAUUUUGCAUCCGUAAAUUCAAGAAAUAUAAAUACUACAGGGAUUUCUCUAAUGUUGAUAUCUGUAAGAAUUUUAUUUAUGCACUAAUAACUUACCGACAAACUAUAAGCUAAAAAUGAGUACCAAAGUCGAACUUCCUAGCGUGUUUUACCAACAAACUUGUGCUAUGAUGAAUGGGAUCUUUCCUUCUAAGCCCAAAUUUACAGAACUCGAUUAUCCAAGCUUAGAUGGUAAGGUUGUAAUUAUUACCGGAGCUUCCUCAGGUGUUGGUUAUGAAGCUGCCAAAUUAUUAUUGGGAGUUACAAAUGCUAAGGUUUAUAUCUUUGCCAGAAAUAAGGCAAAAAUUGAAAAUGCCAUUAAGAGAUUACAAUUAGAAAUAGCUCAAGAAUUCAACAAGAAGACUAUUAAUGUUGAUUAUGUCUUAGUUGAUUUUAGUGAUUUAAAUACCAUCAAAACAGCUUCUCAAGAUUUCCUUUCAAAAGAAUCCAGAUUAGAUAUCAUAAUACACAAUGCUGGUAUUAUGACUCCACCUGCUGGAUCCAAAUCCAAGCAAGGUUACGAGUUGCAAUUAGGUACUAAUAAUCUUGGACCUCAUUUAUUACAAAAAUACUUGGAUCCGAUUUUUAUUGCUACUUCUCAAAAGAAUAAACCAGGUGAAUCUAGAAUUAUUUAUACCUCAGCUACAGCUCAUUUUGCUGCUCCAUUAGGCGGUGUCCAUUAUGCCGAUCCAAAUUAUUAUAAUACUAAAGCUACCCCUUUUACUAUUUAUGGUCAAAGUAAAGCGUUUAAUAUUUUACUGGCCAAGCAAUGGACUAAAGCUCACCCAGAAGCCACUAAUGUUGUUUGUGCAUCAUUAUGUCCUGGUUUCCUUAAAACAGAAUUACAAAGACAUUUAAAGGGAUUUGAAGCUUUUAUGAUUAACAGAUUGUUACAUGAACCAAGAAAUGGUGCUUAUACCGAAUUGUUUGCUGCAUUAUCUCCAGAAUUAACAAGAGCUAAAACAGGUGCAUACAUUGAAUCAUUUGGGAAGUUUGGAAAAGAAAGAGCCGAUCUUCAAGAUCCAGCCGCCGCCGAGAAGAGUUGGAAUUUCUUAAACCAAGAGGUUGCAAAGUAUUAUGAACCAUAGUUGAUUGUUUUACAUUAAUUCCAUUAUAACAUAAAUAGAAUUUAAAAUUAUAAUAAAUAAUCAAAAGAAGACUUCUGAG